UCCACCCUAUGACUUGUACCUCUCUCAAGCACUGUUCUGUACUUUCUGUUUGUUCUUCAAGUCUUACAUUAGUUGGCAUAGCAUUGUUUGUAUAACUUAGCUAGUUGUUGUUUGACAAAUAAGUCUGUGCUCAGAUGUAAAACUGAAGAACAUACUGAAAUUUAAAGGAUCAAGGUGUCAAAAAGUACAGUGUGUGUACAAGUGAAGAAAAGCAGUUAAGAGUUGAGAGGACCAUGAAACAGUUCUUAAAGUAAUAUUUUUUUAUUUAUGGAUGUAAAAUCUCAGACAUACUUUGCAAAAUAUUUCUGAUAUGAAAAAGAAGUUAUAGCACCAAAGAUCACAAUUGUAAUAAUGCCUCUUAACUCUUCAGUUCUCAAUAGAAAAAAUGAAUCUCGGUGAUUCACCCCCUCAUUUGUUCAAUAUAAUGAUUCCUGAUAGUCUACAUUGGUACAAAAUAAAAAUUCCCUCUGAAGCGUUUCAAGGAUGUGUGCAAGAUUAUGUUGGCAAGUGGUCGUCGUUAUUUAAACGAAAAACCUGCCAAUGGAGAGGCGAGGUCGUUCUUCCGAACGCAGACGCAGAACAUGGUCAUACCGAUGCAAGGAAUACCUCCGGCAGUUCAUUGCGUUUAUGUUCAGCAACAUCGGCAUCAUCGGGCUCGUCGUUGGGUAUACGAUGGCUGGCUCUGCGAUGUUCAUGGCGCUUGAAAGGGAGGCCUACAAGAAUCGUCUGACUGAAGUCAUGAAGAUCAGGAAUGACACUGCCAUGGAGCUAUGGAAGAAAACCUGCUGUGAUGUGUACGAUGAACCCAUGUGGAAAAAUAUUGUACAAGCAGAACUAGUGAGGUUUCAAAACAAAAUAGUGGAGGAAGUGUUAAAUCACAGUUACGAAGGACAAUUUGCCACAACCAACCGAUGGUCAUUCUCUGGGUCAUUCCUCUACUCGCUCAGUGUCAUCACAACUAUAGGCUACGGCAAUGUGGCUCCUCGCACAGAGUGGGGCAAGCUUGCAACCAUUGUCUAUGCUAUUGCUGGCAUGCCACUGUUCCUGCUUUAUCUGUCCAACAUCGGUGACAUUUUGGCAAAGAGUUUCAAAUGGAUCUACGCAAAGUGCCAUCGGUUUCAAGGAUGUUCUUCAUGUCUGACUAAAUAUCCGCCUGGCCACCCUCAACACCCUAGAUCUCAGAUGCAAGGGCGACACACUGAGGAAGGAGAAGGUGCAGAUCUGGAGUACAGUGAUGAGGAUGAAUGGAGCUCUGAGGCUGGUACUGACCCUCAAACCAUCACUGUCCCCAUUACACUGUGUCUUGCCAUAAUGGUGGGAUAUGUAUGCAGCGGGGCUCUUCUCUUCGCGGAGUGGGAACAUUGGGGAUUCUUGGAUGCCUCAUAUUUUUGUUUUAUCUCCUUAAGCACAAUCGGCUUUGGAGAUAUUGUGCCUAAAGACAAAGAAGGUACAUCAUUCAAAGGAGUCGAACUGAGUUUUAUCUUUUGCUCCAUGUAUCUUAUGCUAGGAAUGGCUUUGAUCGCCAUGUGUUUCAAUUUAAUGCAAGAGGAAGUGGUUCAUAAAGUACGGACUUGUGGAGUUGUGCUGAAAAGAAUUAUCCUUUGUAAAAGGUGACAGUUUUCCACUUAACUGUAAUUCAAUGUAUUUUUACAAGAUAUUUUUUGAUAAGUUUUGGUGAUAUUAUUUCAAUGUUUCUUUUGAGGUAAAGUUCAGUAUAAACAAUAUACAUUUUUUAAAUUAAGAGGCAGUUCAGUGUUAAAAAAGACAUUUAUUGUGAAUUAAUUGUGCACUCAGAAUGCAACUUGAAUAAUAUAAAAAUAAAUCAUCUUAUAAUGCCUCUGGGAUUCAAGCAAAUUUUCCUAAAUAGAAAUGUCGGUGGCUAUAACCAUUGUCUUCAUGGUGAAAUCUAUGGGUCUAACACCAUUGCAGAUUUCCUCUUAUUAUCUGCAGAUGUCAUUUAGCACAAUGAAUCUCAUGAAAAUUCCCUGACUUAGAUAACAUUUGAAUAAAUCGUGUAAACCGAUAUCUAUUUGAAUGAGUUUGUGAACAAGCAUGAUCCAAUCAUGGUAACAGAGUUCUAGAACACCCUGAAAUUAACUUUUUUUGCUUUUUAAAGUCAAUAAAAUACUGUAAGUUACUUCAAUAAAAACUAACUUCACUUGAAAUGCCUCUUACUCAAUGUAGUUUGACACUUUGAGUGCCUUAAGAUGGAAUACAGUAUUGUGAUUUUCCUAAUAUCUAUAUUCUGGAGAUAAUGUAUGAUGACUAGAAUUUCAUUAUUUAUAUAUAUAACACAUUUGUAUAAAACAAAAAAGGUAAAUAACUAGUGAAUUUGUAAAUAAUUAUGACCCAUUGAAAAAAGUGAUUUUUGAUUGUGACUAAGGUUUUGAAAGUCGGAACUCUACCAAGAGUCAGUCCCAAGCACUCAAGGGGUUUUACUAUUUUGACUCAUAGCUAUGUUUAAUUAAUUUAUUUUAAAACACAACAUUUCCUUUCCUAAUACAGUUUAUAUGUAUCAACACUAUCCUCUAUUACAUACAUUCCAGCAAUAAGUUGUAUCCAAAUAUUAACAUAAAUGUUUGAUGUAUAUUACACUUCCUUUAACCUUCAAAACGCUUUAAAAUUACCAAAAUCGUAAGAUAUUUAUUUUUGGUCAAAUCAAAUUUUGAGAUAAAUCUUAGAACAUAAUUGGUCUGACAAAUUUAAUUUAGGUCUCAAACAAACUUUAAAAAAUAUAUUUUCCCUGAACUUAAAAUUCUGUAUUUUAAAGAGAGAAAUUUUUCUAGAGCUAAAAUACAAUUGAAUCAAGAGUGCGAUUAAAAAUUAUCUAUCGAAAUAUUUUACUCUCUAUUGCUGAUAUUAAUGUCAACAAUGAUAAAACCUGAUCAUUCAAAACCUUUGGAGACAAUGAAAAUUUGUCUGCCAAUACCUUAUCCUUAUCCUAUUAAGUUAACUUGUGUUCCCAAAAUAUAUGUCUAUCUUGUUUAGAAGUUUAACUCUAUAAAAAGCACCAAUGAUACAUUUAAGAGGAUUGUUUCAAUAAAUUUAAAUGUUUGAUAAUCA